AUCAUACAAUAUCAUACGUUCUUUCCUAUCUGAAUCAAUUGCAAAAAUGUCUAGUGAUCAGCAGAAAUCACACGAAGAUGAACGCGCAGGAGCAGAAAUUGUAUACGGAGCUGAAGAAUGCUACCGCCAUUCAGUAGAAAUGUUACAAGAUUUAGGAUUUCCGAAAGGAGUCCUUCCUCUUAAAGAUCUUGAAGAAUGUGGACACGUUCGUGAAACUGGAUUUGUGUGGAUGAAACAAAAGGCCCCGUACGAGCAUUAUUUUACUGCAACAAAAACUCUUGUAAGCUAUGCUAUUGAGGUAACUGCAUAUGUGGAGAAAUGUAAGAUGAAAAAAAUGACUGGUGUUAAGAGUAAGCAACUAUUUCUUUGGGUGCCAAUUGUUGAAAUGAGCAUUGAAGAUCCUGCUUCAAAAAAGAUUUAUUUCAAGACUCCUAUGGGAAUUGGAAAGACUUUUCCUAUUACUGCUUUUAUGAGUGAGGAGGAAAAGCAAAAGUACUUAGAGAAAGCCAAUGAGUAGUACUACAAUAUUUCCCUUUACUUGGGACAGAGCUUGAAGUUUUUUUUUCUUUCAAUUUUCUUGCACACAAACAUGCUACUAUACUUAAGAAGAAUGAUAUCUUCAUGAACUGAGUAAUCCCUAUUUUACAUGUUGGUUCCAAUAUCAUUAGUCAUCAAAUAAGCAGUUGCUUAGUUACUUGUAUUUUAA